AAAUGAAGAGCAGUAAAAUGAAAGUACCGUCUUGACAAGAGCCUGUUAGGAAGCCUCAGUACAAGAGUAGUGAGGAUGGCUUUACUAAAGGCCCUGCGGUUUGGUGUUUUGAUGUUGGUUAUAUGCUUCACUCUCGACCAGCCAGGAUUCAGACAGUCUGUGUCUGUCUUCUUUCAGGAUCUGAGGGAUGCCACAUCAUCCAUCCUUCAUGCCAGAGAGAAAAGAGCCUCUUCUGCUCUCUCAAACUUUACUGAACACGACCUGCAAUUUGUCAUAACCUUCUCUGACCUCGAGAGUCUUCAAAGGAUUCUUGGCAACAUCAGCUUCCCCAUUGCGAUCAACAACACUGUGGAAAUCAACAGCAUUGAGACCACAACAGUGUGUUCACCAAACAUAACUGGGUACCAGUGCGUAUGUGAGGAGAACUUUGCCUGGUCUUACAACAACUGUAUUACGUACGGGGUCUGUGACGCCAUUAUUGGUGACACGUGUGGCUGCAUUAAUGACCUGCCAGCUGGUGAUCAGUUCUGCCAGUCAAACAGCAGUCAAACAGUGACAACGACCGCAACACCAUCUUCUACACAAGCUAUUGAUCUAGUGGACAUCGAUGUGGACAUUGUCGUGUUCAUCCCAACCUCUCGUGUUUCAUCAAGUAUAAUCAGCUACAUCAGAAGUUAUCUGCACAGUAUUACCUUCCCAAUACCCAUCUCUCAGUCUCUGGGAGUGAAAGAGCUCCACUUCACCACAGCCUGCGAUCCAAACUCUGCUAAUGGGCUCCAGUGUCAAUGUGAGAGCGGCUUUGCUUGGCCAUGUGACACGUGUAACAGCAGCAAUUCGUGUAAUGACCCCAGCAAUCCGUUCUGUACGUGUUUAAAUGGACUUCCUUCCAACAACGACUACUGCCAGCUAAUCACAAAUUCUUCUGUGUGCCCAACUCCUAGUCCUACUCCAGUGACAACGGUCUCAACAACUCCUCCACCAAUUUAUGAGAUUGAUUUAGUCCUGGAAGUACACAUCCCGUUCUCAAGCUACCAGUCUGAUACGCUGAAUGGGUUUAGAGAGUCUCUGAACAACAAGACCUUCCUCACACCUUUCUCAAAGUCUUUAAACAUUACAGAGUUAUUCUUGACCACAGUCUGUGAUCCAAACUCCACUUAUGGAUAUCAGUGUGUGUGUGAAAGCGGCUUUGCUUGGCCAUGUGACAUGUGCAGCAGUAGCAUUUCAUGCAGCAGUCAAAUCUGUACGUGCAUAUAUGGACUUCCUUCCAGCAACGAGUUCUGUGAGCCAAUCACAGGUAAUGCUACAUGCCCAACUCCUCCUCCAGUCACAGCUCCUCCUCCUCUACCAACUUAUGAAAUCGAUCUGGUUCUUGAUGUGCACAUCCCAGUGAACAGUUUACAAGAAAACACACUCGAUACAUUCAGAAGAAAUCUGCUAAAUAAAACCAUCCCUGAUGUACAACAGGCUUUCACAGUGUUAGAAAUAACACUGACCACAGUCUGUGAUCCAAACUCCACUUAUGGAUAUCAGUGUGUGUGUGAGAGCGGCUUUGCUUGGCCAUGUGACAUGUGCAGCAGUAACAGUUCAUGCAGCAGUCAAAUCUGUACGUGCAUAUAUGGACUUCCUUCCAGCAACGAGUUCUGUGAGCCAAUCACAGGUAAUGCUACAUGCCCAACUCCUCCUCCAGUCACAGCUCCUCCUCCUCUACCAACUUAUGAAAUCGAUCUGGUUCUUGAUGUGCACAUCCCAGUGAACAGUUUACAAGAAAACACACUCGAUACAUUCAGAAGAAAUCUGCUAAAUAAAACCAUCCCUGAUGUACAACAGGCUUUCACAGUGUUAGAAAUAACACUGACCACAGUCUGUGAUCCAAACUCCACUUAUGGAUAUCAGUGUGUGUGUGAAAGCGGCUUUGCUUGGCCAUGUGACAUGUGCAGCAGUAGCAUUUCAUGCAGCAGUCAAAUCUGUACGUGCAUAUAUGGACUUCCUUCCAGCAACGAGUUCUGUGAGCCAAUCACAGGUAAUGCUACAUGCCCAACUCCUCCUCCAGUCACAGCUCCUCCUCCUCUACCAACUUAUGAAAUCGAUCUGGUUCUUGAUGUGCACAUCCCAGUGAACAGUUUACAAGAAAACACACUCGAUACAUUCAGAAGAAAUCUGCUAAAUAAAACCAUCCCUGAUGUACAACAGGCUUUCACAGUGUUAGAAAUAACACUGACCACAGUCUGUGAUCCAAACUCCACUUAUGGAUAUCAGUGUGUGUGUGAGAGCGGCUUUGCUUGGCCAUGUGACAUGUGCAGCAGUAACAGUUCAUGCAGCAGUCAAAUCUGUACGUGCAUAUAUGGACUUCCUUCCAGCAACGAGUUCUGUGAGCCAAUCACAGAUAAUUCCAUAUGCCUGACACCAGUGGACAUCGAUGUGGACAUCGUCGUGUUCAUCCCAACCUCUAUUGUUUCAUCAAAUAUAAUCAGCUACUUCAGAAGUUAUCUGCACAGUAUUACCUUCCCAAUACCCAUCUCUCAGUCUCUGGGAGUGAAAGAGCUCCACUUCACCACAGCCUGUGAUCCAAACUCUGCUAAUGGGCUCCAGUGUCAAUGUGAGAGCGGCUUUGCUUGGCCAUGUGACACGUGUAACAGCAGCAACUCAUGCAACGAUCAAACCUGUACAUGUUUAUAUGGACUUCCUCCCAAUAAUGAGUUCUGUCAGCCUGUCUCAUAUGCCACUACAUGCAAGCCAACUCCUGCACCUCCCACAGUGGACAUCGAUGUGGACAUCGUCGUGUUCAUCCCAACCUCUCAUGUUUCAUCAAAUAUAAUCAGCUACUUCAGAAGUUAUCUGCACAGUAUUACCUUCCCAAUACCCAUCUCUCAGUCUCUGGGAGUGAAAGAGCUCCACUUCACAACAGCCUGUGAUCCAAACUCUGCUAAUGGGCUCCAGUGUCAAUGUGAGAGCGGCUUUGCUUGGCCAUGUGACACGUGUAACAGCAGCAACUCAUGCAACGAUCAAACCUGUACAUGUUUAUAUGGACUUCCUCCCAAUAAUGAGUUCUGUCAGCCUGUCUCAUAUGCCACUACAUGCAAGCCAACUCCUGCACCUCCCACAGUGGACAUCGAUGUGGACAUCGUCGUGUUCAUCCCAACCUCUCAUGUUUCAUCAAAUAUAAUCAGCUACUUCAGAAGUUAUCUGCACAGUAUUACCUUCCCAAUACCCAUCUCUCAGUCUCUGGGAGUGAAAGAGCUCCACUUCACCACAGCCUGUGAUCCAAACUCUGCUAAUGGGCUCCAGUGUCAAUGUGAGAGCGGCUUUGCUUGGCCAUGUGACACGUGUAACAGCAGCAACUCAUGCAACGAUCAAACCUGUACAUGUUUAUAUGGACUUCCUCCCAAUAAUGAGUUCUGUCAGCCUGUCUCAUAUGCCACUACAUGCAAGCCAACUCCUGCACCUCCCACAGUGGACAUCGAUGUGGACAUCGUCGUGUUCAUCCCAACCUCUCAUGUUUCAUCAAAUAUAAUCAGCUACUUCAGAAGUUAUCUGCACAGUAUUACCUUCCCAAUACCCAUCUCUCAGUCUCUGGGAGUGAAAGAGCUCCACUUCACCACAGCCUGUGAUCCAAACUCUGCUAAUGGGCUCCAGUGUCAAUGUGAGAGCGGCUUUGCUUGGCCAUGUGACACGUGUAACAGCAGCAACUCAUGCAACGAUCAAACCUGUACAUGUUUAUAUGGACUUCCUCCCAAUAAUGAGUUCUGUCAGCCUGUCUCAUAUGCCACUACAUGCAAGCCAACUCCUGCACCUCCCACAGUGGACAUCGAUGUGGACAUCGUCGUGUUCAUCCCAACCUCUCAUGUUUCAUCAAAUAUAAUCAGCUACUUCAGAAGUUAUCUGCACAGUAUUACCUUCCCAAUACCCAUCUCUCAGUCUCUGGGAGUGAAAGAGCUCCACUUCACCACAGCCUGUGAUCCAAACUCUGCUAAUGGGCUCCAGUGUCAAUGUGAGAGCGGCUUUGCUUGGCCAUGUGACACGUGUAACAGCAGCAACUCAUGCAACAAUCAAACCUGUACAUGUUUAUAUGGACUUCCUCCCAAUAAUGAGUUCUGUCAGCCUGUCUCAUAUGCCACUACAUGCAAGCCAACUCCUGCACCUCCCACAGUGGACAUCGAUGUGGACAUCGUCGUGUUCAUCCCAACCUCUCAUGUUUCAUCAAAUAUAAUCAGCUACUUCAGAAGUUAUCUGCACAGUAUUACCUUCCCAAUACCCAUCUCUCAGUCUCUGGGAGUGAAAGAGCUCCACUUCACCACAGCCUGUGAUCCAAACUCUGCUAAUGGGCUCCAGUGUCAAUGUGAGAGCGGCUUUGCUUGGCCAUGUGACACGUGUAACAGCAGCAACUCAUGCAACAAUCAAACCUGUACAUGUUUAUAUGGACUUCCUCCCAAUAAUGAGUUCUGUCAGCCUGUCUCAUAUGCCACUACAUGCAAGCCAACUCCUGCACCUCCCACAGCCACAACAUCUCUGCCAUUCAUAACCUCAACGCCGGUAGCUACACCAUUGCCAACCAUGACAACGCCAGUAGCUACAUUAUCGCCAACCAUGACAACGCCAGUAGCUACAUUAUCGCCAACCAUGACAACGCCGGUAGCUACACCAUCGCCAAUCACAGCAACGCCAGUAGCUACACCAUCGCCAAUCACAGCAACGCCGGUAGCCACACCAUCGCCUAAAAAUGUAUUGGGCACCUUUACCAUGGACAUGCCGUUCAGCGAGUCAUUCAAUGAGAAGAACAAUGUAGUUUAUCAAACCGUUUAUAACGCUACUUUAAACAAGUGUACAAUUGUUUUAGCAAAGUGUGCAGUUAAAAAUCUGAAUUUCAAGGCUGGGAGUACAAUCGCUAAUUAUGAGCUCAAUGUUUUUUCGUCUGAAACACCAACAGAAAUCAAAGUUCAGAUAACAAAAAAUGAAAUAUUAUCAGAAGUGGCGUCAAAAUACCCCGUCAGCAUUGUCAGUUCGAGCCCAUUGUCUGUUGAUAAAGACCCUCUCUACGCCGGGGACACUAUAAACGUGACAUGUGACACAUCUGGCCUCACCAUUGGAAACUAUGAAAUAUUGUGGACACGAGAAGGAGGAGAACUUCCCAAACAAUCUACUUUUGAUAAAUAUUCAAUCCUAAUCCCUGGAUUUUCAAAGUAUGAUGAUGGGAUGUACGGCUGUAAGAUAACCUUUGGAGCCGGUUCAACUUUCAUACAGACGAGGCAGCUGACUUCCAGAGCACUCCCUCUGAUCACUGUGAGUCCAAUCAAAGACAGAGUGAAGUGUUCUGGGACAAGAGUACUGACCUGCCAAGUAGAUGAAUUGAAAGUUACAUUGUUCGAUCCAAAUGGUAUAGAUUUAGGUGUAACAUCCUACACCUUCACACCCCCUACGCCAUGUGCUGAUGGUGAUGUGCGGACGUACAAAUGUAGAUUGACAGGAAGGGACAGUGCAAAAGAAAUCACACUGGUACUAACCACAAGCCUGAACUUUGACUGCACAAGUGACAUAUAUGGAAAUGCAAUGAUUGGGGAUACCGGUAUUGGAAAAUGUGACACUAACUAUGUGGGAGAAAAGACAGCAGUUUGUAUGGCAGGUGGUAACUACGGAGAUGAACAAAACAACUGUGUCCUACAAGUGAUUGUGGACCUGCUUGAUCGAUCAAAGAACUUGAAUACCUUGACUAUUCCAGUAUUCUUGGAGGAUCUCAAAAAUGCAACUGUACGGAAUAAUGAUCAGAUCAUUAAGUCUCCGGCGACAGUCAUUGCCAUGAUUAAGAUCUUUGAAAAUGUCGCCAACACAACCUCAUCGUUAAACAUCAUUCUAGAGAGAAAUUCCACAAGGAACUUCCUAGAAAGUGCCGGCCUUCUCACGAUUGACAAUGCCAGGGGGUCUUGGACUUUUCUAAAUUACAACGACACCAAAAAUACAACGGAAGAUAAAUUAUCGAGAAGCAGCUCCAGCUCUGCGUUCUUGAAUGUUUUUGAAAACUUACCAAGUUUUAUUGGCAAUGAUUCACUGGACAUCAACACAGAUUUCAUUCUCCUGAACAAAACAAGGCUCACCGACCCUUUCAACAGUGUAUAUAACUCCUCGGUGGACAUAGAAAUACCACAGGCUGGUGGAGAAGAAAAAUUCAUCACCAUAAUCAUUUUUGCUUCAAUGUACAAUGUGCUUCCUGGAAGAGAUCAGCUCAACACCUCCACCAACCGUGUCCAUGGAAGGGUUGCCCUUGUUCGUCCUGAAGUUGAAAUCUCAAAUAUUUCAUUGACAUUUGAUGUCAUACAUUACACAAAUGACACCAUAGGAAACCCUAAAUGUGUCUUUUGGGAUUUCAGUCUCUAUGAUGGUCUUGGAGGAUGGAGUGACAACGGCUGCUCGUUAGUUUCCUUUGCAAAUGACACGGUCAGGUGCAACUGCAACCACACCACCUCCUUCUCCAUUCUGAUGUCACCCGACAGCCCCAAAAGCCUUAUUCUGGACUACAUCACCUACAUUGGAGUUGGAAUUUCUAUGGCCUGCCUGGUCAUUUGUCUCAUCAUUGAAGCAAUCAUAUGGAGAAAAAUCAACAAGAACGCAACGUCGUACUUGCGUCACGUCUCCAUCGUCAACAUCGCUCUGUCCCUACUGAUUGCAAACAUUUGGUUCAUUAUUGGAGCGGCCAUUUCAGACGCAGACCAGAAGAACCCUCCGGCCUGCACAGCCGCUACCUUCUUCAUCCAUUUUUUCUACCUGGCCCUGUUCUUCUGGAUGUUAGCCUCGGCCCUGCUGCUGCUCUACCGGACCCUCAGUGUCUUUGACGGAGGGCUGUCUAAACUAACCAUGCUGAUCAUCGGAUUCUCUUUGGGAUAUGGAGCUCCGCUGAUCAUUGCAACAAUAACUAUUGCUGCAACUGCUCCCUCGAAUCAGUACAUCCGGGAAAAUGUUAUCUGUUGGCUCAACUGGUACGAGUCCAAAGCUCUGCUGGCCUUCGUGAUCCCUGCACUUCUAAUAGUGGUGAUAAACUUUGUCAUCCUGAUUGUGGUGUUGUACAAGAUACUGAGGAGAAGAGUCGGAGGAAAUGCAGCCCAAACAGGAGAGAAGCACGUUCUGUAUGUGAUUGCCAGGAGUUUGGCUGUGCUCACACCGUUUUUCGGGCUGACUUGGGGUUUGGGAGUCGGAGUCAUGGUUAGCCCCCAAAACUUUGGAAUCAAUGUUGCCUUUGCUUUCUUCAAUUCACUGCAGGGUUUCUUUAUUCUGGUGUUCGGAACACUGUUGGACAAAAAGGUGUGGUCGGCAAUGAACAUACCAUCACUGACGUCACAGGGUAGAACACAGAGCACCAGUGCUGGAACUUCAUCUAGUGGACUGAGCAACUUGUUCCAGAAAAUAAGAAGAAACAGAGGCUCCAGAAGUGGGUACCAUAUGUCUUCUACUGGACAAAGUGCAUCCAAUGACUCAUUCAACACUUAACAUGGGCAGGAAACCAUGCCCAUAUGAGAAAAACAACAAAUACAAAUAAUUUUUUUUAUCUCAUUAAUACAGCCUCUUUAAGUUAUGAUAUUAUAAUCUGAGAGAGUCCCGCUCGAUUCUCUUUUUGAAAAAUAAAGGAAGCAUUAAUUCUGCCAUCUUGUAAAAGCAGUAUUUUAGAAAGCUUUUCAUAGGUGUGUAAUGCAGAAAAGCUAAAUAUUUUAAUGUUACACAGCCUUUAUUUAUGGGACAUGCACAAUAAUGUAAUACUACAUAAUUAAAAAAAAAGUUAAAAAUAAUAUAUUUUAUUUUCCUUAGAUGGAAUGGCAUUUGAAGUAAGUUUAAAGAAAAAGUUGUGUGUUUUUAGUUUAUAUAUCAUGUUUUAUAUCCACAAAAUCUUUGGAAAAUAUCUUUAUUUUUUAUUAAACUAUGUGACUUGCAGCAGAAAAGGUCAAAUCCCCCAAGUGGAAUUGAGUUAUUGAUCGAUGGUAAUCAUUGUAUUGAACAGCUACUUCCUUUUGUUUGCAUAACUUCUCUGUAAUCUGUGUGUUAUGCAAUGACAGCCAUUUAUAGAAGCAUUUUAUACUGAUUUGGUGUGGGGGGUUUUUUGUUGAAAAAGCAGAAUAGUCUUAUUAUAGUUAUGGUUAAUAUUAUUUACAUGUAAAACAUUGUAUUGAGUCUUUCCAGGUCACAACAGGAUACUAAAAACGUGUAACAUUUACUGUUCCUACAUUUGCAUUAGAUCUGCAAAGACUUUAAUUCAGGGAGGAUUCGGGGAUUGUGUUGUGCCCUUAAAGGACACAACACAAAACUCAGCUUUAGACACAAACACUGUCAAAGCUAAAUCUCACCCCUCAAAGAAGUCCUCUUUAAACCUUAGACCGCUGAGCUAAAGAGAGCCCGUGGUAUUUGUAGACGUGAAAAGCAUGUUUAUCUUGCUUUACGAUCUGUUUGGAUUGUAAAGUAAGGCAGGAGUGUUUCCUUUAUAUCUCAAUGAAACGUCCACAAGCUUAUGAUUAAGAUUUUGUUUGGAAAUUAUUAUUUUUGUGUGCAAUCGCUUUCUUGAAUAUAUCACAUUAUUUUGAAAAGUAAUUUGACAAUUAUUGCACGUUAUUGAAUAUUAAAAUAAAGUCUUGUGACAGAGCCUCUUC